GCAUACAGAACUCCACGCGAGCGAACCGCGAUAUAGGGUAGCACUGGCUGCAAGCAAGCGAGCAAGCACUGCUCAACCGCUCGAAUCGAAUCCUGACGCGCUCAGAGUGAGAGUGUCCUUCGUGCGAUACGGUUCUGCUGUUCUAGUGCUCGUCUCGCAAUUGUCGUGAAAAGCCACCUCCAAGCAUAACGUGGACGAAGUGCAGGAAGCAAAAUUUUUGCACGCUAUCAAGCGAAAAAAAAGGUGAAAAAAUGACGCAUCGCGAAUAGAAGACCAAAAUGAACGUGUUCUGUAGUGUGCCUCGAAGUGUCGCUGGCGGGAGAAUGUGAUUUUCCUCUUAAAAUUCAGUGAAUUAAGUGAAACGAGCAAUUUUUAUAUUUUUCAUCAGAUCCAGAAAGGAGAGUAUCGGCGAUCGAUACACGCCGACCUUACGACGCGAGUUGGUUGCCGCAAUGUUCCAGCAGCAUGCAAUCCGCCAACGAAUCCGACUGGGAGCCACUGCUCGAAACGGAUACGAGAACCACGAAGCGGGUGGCUGGCGGGGCAGCCCCGUGUGCAACCAAUAGACGCGAGACAAAGGGUAUCAUCAUCAACCAGGAAAAAUGUGGUCGCAUCCGUCUCGGCGUGGUCGUGGUGCUGGUGUUUAUCUUCUUCUAUCUGUCGCUGUCCACUAUCAAUAUGCGCCCACUGGUGCAGCAAAUGGUCGUCAACAUACCGGACGAUGACGAAGACCUUCCUGGACCACGAGGCGAAGCCUUGCCGAAUCUAGUAUAUGAAUCCACAACCAACCAAGUCAUUCCCAUUAUUCCACACACUUUGACCAACCACGGUACUAUACAACCGCACAACCAUUCCAACGGCGUCGACUCGCGUCCUGCCACCAACAACCAAACGACUGCAGUGCCAAAAGGGUUCCUAGUUUUUGGGCCGGGAUGCAAGAUGCUAGAUCUGGAUCCGCUGGCACAUGAUGUGAUGCGACUGUUCCACAAGGAGCAGUUCAUUCCCUGCUCGCCGAAGCGACCGCUUACCUCGAUCGAGCAGACCUUCGACAACGAUUCGAUAGUGCUGCAAUUCCAUCGGGAAUACGUUACCGAUCACCUGCCGCACUACAUGAAGUACAUCGAGUGCUGCUAUCACAGCAUCGAACGAGCAGGGGUUGGUGAAAAGGCUGAUAAGAACUUUAAUUUAGACGAGUGUAAAUUUUUCUCCCACGACAUACAUCUGCCAGCGAGCGUGACCAGCGGGGUGCUGGUGCGUUGCAAGGGCAGCGUUUCGGCCAACAGCAAGACACGCAAGUCUGUCUACACCAACGUGCAUGCUUUCAUUCGGACCAAAGCAUCAGUCCGGGAGCGGUUGGAUCGCUUCCGCCAGCAGUCGAAUCUACCGCGCCCACUGAGCGUUCUGAUGGUGGGGAUUGACAGCAUUUCGCGGCUGAACCUAAUCCGAGCGAUGCCACACACUGCCCAGCAUCUGUACGAUACGGGUUGGUUCGAGCUGAAGGGGUACAAUAAGAUCGACGACAACACGUAUCCCAACCUGAUGGCGAUACUGACCGGAUACAACAAUACCCUGGCGUACGACGUUUGCAAUCCACGAAAGGUUGGUCAGCUGGAAACCUGCCCGUUCCUGUGGAACAACUUUACCCAAAGCGGAUACGUUACGGCCUAUGCCGAGGAUGAAGCGAGUAUCAACACGUUCAACUACCACAAGCACGGCUUCGUGCAACAACCAACGGAUUACUAUCUGAGACCAAUUGCUCUGGCGGCGGAAAAAUAUCUAACGAAGAAGACGAAAAACUCGCUGACAUUCUGUUUAGGUUAUCAAAACUAUGCUGACCUAAUCUAUCAAUACGCACUGGACUUCGCAACGUUCUAUAAGGACGAACCGAGUUUUGGUCUAUUCUGGACGAACACGUUCAGCCACAACGACAUCAGUGAUCCUUCGUCGAUGGAUUUACGAAUGAAAUACUACAUCGAAGAGCUAGAUAAUCGAGGGAUUCUCAACACCAGCAUGGUGGUGUUCUUUAGCGAUCAUGGGCUCCGCUUUGGGGCGGUUCGAUCACUGCUGACCGGGUGGCUCGAGGAACGAUUACCAUUUAUUUUCAUAUGGCUGCCAGAAUGGUUCAAGGAGCAGCAUCCGCACAUCGUACAGGCGCUGAAAGUUAAUAGGAAUCGUCUGACGAACCCCUACGAUCUACACGUGACGCUGAAGCAUGUUCUCGAGCUAUCCGGACGAAGUGUGGAUUCUCCAGCACCGCUCAGUUGUCCCAACUGUCAGAGUCUGUUUCAAGAGAUGCCCUGGAACAGAUCCUGUGAAGAAACAUCGAUUGCACCCCAUUGGUGUACCUGUUCGGAUUUUGAGAAAAUCGACAAAGGCUCCAAAAUUGUCCAGGAGGCGGUUAGGUUUGUGAUCGACGCGAUCAAUGCGGACCUGGGGGAGAAUCAGAAAAACCUAACGAAAAAACUAUGUGCCAAGAUGCAGCUGAAAUCCAUUUCGCUAGCUAAGAUGGCGAAAUACGCGAACGCAGAAGUUCCCCACAACGAUUACUUGCUGAUAUUCGACGGCAAACCAGGCGGUGGUAAGUUCGAAUCGACUGUGAGACAUUAUACCGAACGAAACGCGUUCGAGGUUACCGGAUCGAUCAGCCGACUGAAUGAGUAUGCUAGUCAAAGCGAAUGUAUGCAUGUGGACUAUCUGAGAAAGUAUUGCUAUUGCUUGCAACGGAAGGGCAGAUAAAUCAUUUAUUACAUAAGGAGGUCAAUAUGACAAUAAGGAUAUCUUCGACUAGAUGAAAAGUCUAACAUUUCAAUGGCGCUAGGUAAUUAUUUCGUCCUAUUGUAAUUUACAGUUUCUUUUGUAUCCUUGAAUUGUUAUAGUGAAACGAAUGUUUUCUACUUGAGUCAACCGUAGUUAGAUAUUUAAUUACUUAAGAGUAAAUACCAUUCACUGCAAUAAGCAUUAUAAUAUUAACAGGAAUUCAAUAUAUUCUCGAAAUCACAUUUCUAUACAUAAAGUAAAUAAACCAUCCAAUUAUGAUAGCGAUAUGAUCCAGGAAGAUAUAUAUUGGUUUAAGUCUUUCUAUAGAUAACCUCUUCCCAAAAUCUAAUCGACCCUUGUAGCCAAAGUUUGUACCUUUCCAUUUCUAGGACUAAGAUUGAUUUCAAAAAAGAAUAAAACAAGAUAAAAAAACGCUAGUGAAUGUAUAGUUAUAGUUAAAUAUGUAGUAGAAUGGAUAUUAACAAAAAAAAACAAAACACAAACAACAGUGAUUCGCUUAUUUUUCAGCAGGAGUUAGCGCAUAAGAGAAAUAUUUUCGUUAUUUACUCUGAGAUAGAAUGAAGGAUAUAAUCAUAUAUUAUCGGAAAAAGCAAAGAAAAAUCAAAUAAAUAUACAUAAUGUUUAUCUAUAA